CUACGUCUGCACUCUGCACCUAAUAAUUUUUCGUCAUAUGUCAUCAAAAGUCUCUCGUUGCUCCCGCCUUCAGCAUGUUUCAACUUCCAAGAAGUGGCCAUUUCGAUUAUCGAACAAAAAGGAAGCCCUUAUCUUCAACGAAGAAGGCGGUCGGCCUAUGGCGAGGAGGAGGAGGAGACGGCCCCGGAUACCAGAAGUUCUGAAGCGAGCAUGUGGCUGCCGCGUGAACACUCUGGAGUGUUCCAUACUCUCAUUGCUUCCCACUCCUCCGCCUGAUUCCCCUCUCGACUGUUCCUGCAAUGGCCGGUUGUGUCUUGGUUGCCUCGGUCAAUCUCAUCUCGUUUGUGAUGAAGACCCCUCGGACUACCUACGGUUUCUCACCAACUCUUUCUGCUUUGUUUCACCAUCGGCCCCGCCGCCUCCGACCAACUUCUCCACCUCCGGAUUAGGUCUGCGCUAUAAAAAUGGUUUCUUUGCUGAUCGUGCUAUCAACUGCAGUCAUGUUUUUGAUCAAUUGUUAGAAAGGAUUGGUGAUGAAUUGAUGACAUUCCUCUUAUGUUAUUCAUCAAUCUUCGUACCUCUUGCAAACCAUAACUACCUUCAGGUCACAGGAGAUCCCUUAAAAGUUCCUGUAUUAAGUAGUCGUAAAGUUCGAAAGGCUGGAGAUUUUCAUCCUUCAGGGUUGCUUGAAGUUCCAGAAGACAAGGGUGUACCAUCAUUAAAAAUUGGAGACACUGGUGAACUCAGCUCACCCUGUAACGAUGUUUCAGAAAAUUCCUCAUUUCAUUUGCAUUCCAGGAAAAGAAGAAGAGAUUUUAGUUGGAAACGGAGAAGGAAGCGCCAAAAGGUAAGCUAUCCAUGCUUAGAUUGUAUUGUUUGGCAUUCUCCAUGUAGUCCUGAAUUGGGAACUUAUAUAGAGAGAAAUUUCAUGUUCUAUGCUAGACCUUCAGCGCAUUCCAUGUUUCCAAGGCAGCAUAUACUAAACAGGUUGAAGCCAACCAAGUCUGGUGCAAUUUCCCUUCUGAACCAUAUUUUUGGGGUUUCUGCUAAUGACAUUGAUUCACAAGAGCUCAAUUCGAGUUUGAACUUAACCAAGUCAAAAGUGACCUGUUCUUGUUUCAAAGCAUCCAACUCCAAGUGUUUGCUUCAUUCAUUAAUAGGCUUGUUCAAGGCUCUAAUACGAAAUAGCCAACGGUGCCAAUACAAAAAGUUGCUUCGGAGACAUUGCCUGAAUCCGGCUAUUAAUAAGAACAAAGCAAUUUGUGAUGGAUCCGAAUUGGAGCAUGAUUUAAUUGAUUCUUAUUCUUCGCACAAACAAGUGGUCUCAUUUGUUUGGGCUAUAACCAGAAGCCUAGUCCCCAAUGAUUUACUUGGCGAUUAUAUCACAUGGAGAGCCUUAAGAAAAAAUAUUUCAAAAUUUGUGAAGCUGCGUAGAUUUGAAAGGUUUUCGUUGAAGCAAUGCAUGCACAAGCUAAAAUCUUCCCACUACCCAUUUCUAUCAAAAAUUGCCUUCUCUAAUUGCUCUUGUGGUGGAUUAUGGAAAAAUUAUAAAAAUUAUCGGAAAAGGAAGAAGGAUCUUAGAGCGUUGAGUGUUGGAAAUCGGUCCCUGCAAAACAAACUAUUCAGGUGCUGGUUAUAUUGGUAUUUUUCACAUGUGGUUGUACCCUUGCUAGGAAACAACUUUUAUGUUACAGAAAGAGAGACCCGAAAGCUGGAUGUCUUUUAUUAUCCAAGGCCCACUUGGAACAAAUUGUUUAAAAGCACAGUUGCUCAGUUAAAAGGUACAACUUAUGGUGUUUUGGAUCAUGCAUCUUUGCAUAAAAUAUUAAGUGAAAGGAGAAUUACCUUAGGGGGAAGCGCAUUUGGAUUUUCAAGGGUUAGGUUUCUCCCAAAAGAGAAGAAUGUAAGGCCCUUAGCAAAUCUCAGAGCACCUUCGAAGUUCCAAUUCACAGACAAGAAAAAUGCUAGAAUUCAUGUCAAGGCAGUGAAAGAGCAAAGCAGGUUUGUUUGGUACAAGUCAGUUAAUUCUUCUCUGCGAGAGCUUUAUGUUGCUCUCCGAUCUAUAAAGGCUGACGAUCCAAACAAAUUAGGAGCUUCUGUGUUUGAUUAUAAUGAAAUCUACCGAAGACUAUAUCAUUUUGUUGUUAAAGUCAGAAAGAGAUCAGCAUUUUUUCCUAAGCUGUACAUUGUUGUUGCAGAUGUAGCAAAAGCAUAUGAUUCUAUUGAUCAGGAUGUUUUAAUUGAUAUAAUGAAUGAUGUCAUCCCAUGUGAUACCUAUUUCUUCAAAAACUAUUCCAAACUUGUUUGCGACAAGAAGUCCAUAAAGGCCAUGCCAUAUCGAUUAUGUUCUUAUCAUUGUAACAAGAAGCAGGACAUCAUGAAAAUUGAAGCUUCAAUCCAGCUAAAUUCAUCCUGUUGUGUCUUCAUUGAUAAGGGUACUAGCGUUGAAGUCAGUAACCAGAUGUUGCAUCGUGUUUUAGCUGAACAUCUGAAACAUAACAUAUUACAAAUUGGCCAUGACUAUUAUUUACAAGAAGUUGGCAUCUCCCAGGGAAGUAUAUUAUCUUCACUUUUAUGCUCGUUUUACUAUGGGCAUCUUGAGCGAGAGGUCAUUUUACCCUUCCUUGAAAAAGCAUAUAAGAUUAGUUCAAGAACCGAGAACAUAGAACCAGAUUACGGAGCCAAUGAGAACUGUGGGAGCCAAUUGUCAGAAAAUGCAUGGAGUCACAGCGAUAGCACUGAAGUGUUUUUGUCUGGGAAACCAAUGGCAUCCAACUUGACUGGAUCUGAUAUAAAUUGUGCGGAUGAAGGGAAUCAGUGCACGAAUAAUCUUGUGGCAGUAUCUUACUCAAGUGGAUUUAAAAUCGACAAACCGCAAAAUCUAUUGUUGAGAUUUGUAGAUGAUUUUCUUUUCAUUUCGACCUCAAAACAGCAGGCCGCUAGUUUCUUCUCUCGAUUGCGGCGAGGAUUUCGAGCAUUUAAUUGCUAUAUGAAUUUUGAAAAAUUUGGUCUCAAUUUCGAUAUGGAAGAGCCUUCUCUGAGUUCUCUCUCUAUGAGGUUUUAUACUGGAGCAGAUGGUAUGCAAUUUAUUCCCUGGAGUGGCUUGCUUAUCAAUUGUGAAAAUCUUGAAAUCCAAGCAGAUUAUACCAGGUAUUGGGGUAUUCAUGUUAGUUCAACUAUUACAAUUCAAGCAAGUGCUAAGCCUGGAUGUACUCUGGAGAAAAAGUUAUGUAAUUACAUUCGUCCUAAAUGCUAUCCCUUACUUUAUGAUUCGAACAUAAACUCUCUGAAAACAGUAGCAUUGAAUGCCUAUCAAGCCUUUUUGCUCAGCGCAAUGAAGUUCCACUGCUCUGUCUGUUUCAUGCCAAGCAUCAGUAAACUUAAUCCUAGUUACAUAUUCGGCAAAAUUUUGUUCUCUUUCAGGUACAUGUACAAACUCCUAAAGAAGAGGAUGCAUAACGUGGAAAAUCGCUUCAAUUUAGAAGCAAUCCUAAAACUUAAGAAGAUGGAAAUUAUUUGGCUCGGCUUAUCUGCUUUCGUGCGAGUGCUUAAGAAGAAACAAUCACGAUAUAAAGAGCUUAUUCAUUUGCUGAGGAACAAGAUUGAUGAAAUUAGACUUGAGGGCGCUGUGCCUUAUCUGCGAUAUGCAGUUGAAGAUUCUCAUUCUUCUCUUUUCUGGAAAAUCAGGUUCUAAAUACUAAUUGUAAGGAUUAGUUCUUUUAAGCACCGAUUUAUGCAAAAUUCUACACUUUUAAAUGCAUAACUGUACUUUUGUUGGACAUUAGGAUAUUUAGGGUGUCAUCUCAUUUCUCUCGCUUUCUUCAAUGAGUAAACUAUUCAUGUUCUAUUUGAA